AUGUCCACACAACAACCGGACGCCUCGCAGAAUGAGAGAUCGAUUGGACAGGUCGUUGUGAAGACGCUUUUCACACACACAUUUGCAGUCAUCAACUACGCCUCCUUCAGCAGCCUUCUUCCUGUACCGACCAAGCACAAUCUGUAUCUCUUUCGCAUCAUCAUAUUCACGUUCAUCCCAGCCCUGGUCGCCGUACAGAUUGUGUUCGAUAUUGCACGGACACUCGUUCGCCUCCUCAGAGAGCCGGAUGAAUUUGGGUGGCGUUCACUGCCGUUCUACUUGCAUGGCAUUCUCGGGGUUCGCGCUUUCAGAGACGAGCAUGAGCAAGCAUCAGAGUCAUUCGACGAUGCAAGACUGCUCGACAUCCCCGUCGUCGAGAAUGUGCGAAGAUCGCCGUGGCCUUGGUCGUGGAAGCGCUUCGGCCGAAUCAUCAUCGCAUUACUUGCGCUGGCUCAAGCAAUUGGCACAAUGAUCCUCUUCGUUCGAAGAGCAAAUUAUAACGCCGUGGUCGGCUUCGACUACAGGUGUUUCGUGAUGGCAAUUGGAUCUACCGUCGCGAGCGUCCUCACCUUGGCUCUUCUGGUAUUUGGCCAUCAAUGGACAUUCACCUCAAACGACGAAGCACCGAUCGUACGCACGAGCGAAAUCAAGCGACUGGUCCUAGAAACGGUGAGCAGUGGCGUCCUGCUCGAAUGGAUCCACGCGUUACUUCCAAGAUAUACGAACUGGCCAGGAGAAAUACCGCGCUACCUAUCGUCAAUCUACAAAAUCUUUUGGCCUACGCGAGCGGAGCAUCUGCUCUUAUGGCUACCUGUCGUGGCUCUGGUGGUCUUCCGCAACGACAUAGCAAAGAGAUUCAAUAUCAAGCUGUACCCUAUCGCCGCCGCUUCGCUGUUGGUGGCAUUUGUCUGGAUGACGGUGGACGUCGUUGCGUCGGUCGUGCAAGAUUUCGGACAAUUCAUCAACUUCUUCGAACCAGACUGGAGGAACAAUGAUCGACUGCGUUGGGCGGAUCCUUUGGAGAACAUGAUUCCAGUGAUAUGA